UUCCCUCCUCAGGAUGGAAAUGUAGGACUCUGAUUGGUUGAUUUCCUUAGGUGUUAUCUAUUAUGCGUUAUACAAAAAUCUAUGUUCAAGUUCUAAAAGUGUCGAUGCAGCUUUUUUAUCUAUUAUAUCUACACAACACACGGACGAAAUCAGACAGAAUUAUGAAAACUUUGUUUCUGUCUUUCAUGUGUUCGAUGUUGCUUCUUAUAGCAGAAGCCGGUUUACCUAUUUAUAUACGUCCAUGAGGUCCAUGAAGUUAUUUAUAGUUUUAUUUUGUUGUGUAUUAUAUUUUCAUUAUGGUACAGAAUUGUUGUGUGACAAACUGUAAAAAUGUUUGGAGACGACACAGCAGCAUAGCAUAUCAUACAUUUCCUUUAAAAAAUGAGAAGAGACUAGCGCAGUGGAUGCAAAUAGACGAAUUAAAAGAUAUAAAUAUAACAGCUGGGAAACGUAUUUGUAGUGUACACUUUACACCAGAAUCUUUUGAGGAACAUUGCGCAGUAAAAAGAUUAAAAAAGAAUGCAGUUCCAUCUCUUUUUGGAGACUCUGUUCAGGAAAUAGAUGACAGUGUAACGGAAAUCGUAGAAAUAUGGGAAGAAAUUUGUACAGAUAAUACACCUGAAGAAACAACAGUUGUAUUAAAUGAGAUAACUAGAGUGAAACGAGAAGUACAACAAGAAGUACAACAAGAAAUGAAACAAACAAAAGAACAAGUGGCAGAAGAAACAGAAAAGAUUUCCCAAUCAAAUGUAGAAAAACAUGAUCUUCCAGUUGUGAAAGAAAUAGAAACCAAGGAUGCUUCUGUCCAAACGGUAUCUGUAUACUAUGAAUACCGUGAAGAAAUAUUAGACUUACGAAAAAAAUUAACGAUUUUACGAAGGCAAAUAAAGCAAAGGGAGUCAAGUAUUUCCAGCACACGAAAGUACAUCCAUCUUUUGACAAAAAGCUAAAACUUCUAAGAAAAUCGUCGGAAUUCCGUUGAGUAUGCUGACGAGUCAUUCAACAUCCAAAGAAAUCCCGAGGCGCCGGCUUUAUUAAGAAUCACUACGCUCGUCGAUGCGGUUGUAUAUGUGACAUAAAGUAUUACGUUCUUACGCGCUAUUUAUAUAUGUAUAUAUGUAUAUAUGUAUAAGAUAUACAUACUUUUUUACGUUA